GGACGAAAUGAAACGAAUAUACCCGAUGGUGUUUCAUUGCUAGCCGUCGUUUAUAACGACAACAUUAACGAAACGCAAGCACGUUCAAUGAAACACAAUCACUGUCUGGUUUCUUUCAAUGCUCUUUCCUUCUUUCAUUCCCACUCAAAAUUCUCAUAACAACGAGAAUCAUUCCAUAGCAUCAAAAGAAGAAUCUUCCAUAUCCAAUCACACCCAAAACUCUAUUUAUUUAUUCAUUCACAAAGCUCUUCAAUUAUUCAAUUCAAUUCAAUUCAAUUAUUCAAUUCAAUUCAAUUCAAUGGCGAAGAAUCUCAAUCACCCAAUUGUAGAAGACUCACUUUCAUUCACCGAUUUUCCCGAAGAUAUUCAGCUAUGCAUCCUUUCGUUUCUGGGUCCCACUGAAAUCGCUACGUUCGCCUGCACCUCUAAGCAAUUCGGAACACUCUGUUCCACCGAUUCAAAGCUAUGGUUCACCCUUUGCGAUCGAAAAUGGGGUUCCAAAACCCAAAUCUCCAAAUGGGGAAAAGGGAAAAUCACCUACAAACAUCUCUAUCAUACUCUUCAUGAAUGGGAUAAUCUCAUUGGUUUCUGGCGUCGUAGCGGUCCUGGAAGUUCUGUGAUUUCGUCUCCUUCGUUGGUUUUCUUCGAGUGGGGUGAAUCGUUUAUUUCUGGUUCUAGGGUUUCACCUUUUCAAUCUGGAAAUGAGAUGAUUUCUGGGUAUGAAGUUAAAAAGGUACCUUUUUUGAAAAUGGGUAUUUCUGAAGAUGGACAAUUUGUUAAUCUUUUGGAUCCUGAUGGUAGAGCUGAUUUGAAUUUGGAAUUUGGUGAUAAUGGGUUGAAUGAAUUGAUUCCUGUCAAUGUUUGUUUUAUGGGGAAUACUCAUUUUGUUCUGGAGGAGAAUUUGUUUGGGAGAAAUUCUAGCAGUGGUGAAGAUUGUGGUUUUGGUGGAGAGGAUUGGAUUGGGGUUAGGAGUGCAAGUGGAUCUCCGCCAGAUCGGUUGAUGUUGGAGAUUUAUCAGCAUUUGGCAAACCGGGUUAGUCCUGGAAGCGAUCGAUCGAGGAAGCAGAGGAGGAAGGAGAAGGAAAGGAUGGCUAGGAGGAAAUGGGAGCCUGAGCAUUUUGUCAAGAUUGUGAAUUGCUCCCCAACAGCGUCACGGCCUUUGCAAGGUCUUUGGAAGGGAAUUUGUGCAGACAUGAGUUUAGCAUUUUACCUUGUGGCUUAUGAUGAAAUUGGGGGCAUUGCCUGCCGACGACUUGGGGAUCCUCCUCCACGUUUCUCUACUUAUGCUCCGGUUUUCUGGACAUCCAAUGCUACCUUUCUGGAAUCUCCUUUUUCUCUGGAGGAAGAAUCUCUGUAUGACAGUCGCAUUCAUCUUCAACCAGUUCAACCACACAAUGAAAACCACGAGCAGUUCCAUAUGUCAGACAUUGAAGGGGUAAAUCACAUUCAGCAGUUCCAUUUGUCAGACAAGGAAGCCGUAAAUGGAAUUCUUCACAUAAACUCAAGUUAUGAUUUAGUUAUUGCAGACCUUGCUGGAGCAAUAAAUCCAAAGAGUGCUGAGGGAAGGAUUUGGCAGUACCAGGAUGGUACUUUUGGAUUUGGAUUCAUUCGUGACAACUUUGUCAUAGACAUGAAAAAUAUUGUCCGUGAUGGUUGUGUCGUGGAUGCAGUUAACUCUUCUUCUGAUUGAUUUUCUUCUUUAUUGAUUGUGUAGUUGGAUGUCACCUGUACAUUGUGACAUAAUGUAUUUUUAGUUGUGAAUUAUGACAGUUUCCUUAGAUGGUAGUUUGCUUCGUUAACUGUAUCUUAGUCAGUUUCAAGCAGCAGUUGUUUCAUUUGUAAGAUUAUGCACAUUGCCUUGCCUUUGAGUCACCUUUUAUCUGUGACUUUCUUUGGUUUGGAAUUUGGAUUUCCUUUUAUCUUAUUUUAUGUAAGCAAAAUAAGGGGAAUUGACAUCUUGUCAUUCCAUUCUUUGACAUUUCAUCCGUUGUAAAUUGUAAUGAUCCAAACUUUGUACCUUAAUGUUAUGAAGUUGCCUUUAUUGGCUUAGAUA